AUGGAAUCCGUUCUCAAGGUACCUACGAUGGUGGUUUUGAUGACUUUUCCUCGUGCUCGUUUCAUUUCAAUAGGCAUUUAUUGCUAUUGUUUCGCGUAUUCUAACCCCCAAGUCACGGCAUCCGAACAUUGCCGCUGUUUCUCGGUAUAGACAUUACCCUGAGGGCUAUCGUUUUUUGCUACCGCUUAUGUUGAGUGUGCUCGUGUGCAGAGAUAUUUUGGGCACUCGCAAUUUCGGCCGUACCAGAGGGAGAUCAUCCAGAAGGUCCUGGACGGAAGGGAUUGUCUUGUAGUCAUGGCUACUGGAAGUGGAAAAUCCCUCUGGUAAGCUGCAUACUCGCAACUCUGUGGUUAUUCUUUUUCCACAAGCAUGCGUGGGCUUAUCUGUAUAUCCAAUCAGAGGUGUUUAGGGGUUGUUGGGGGUCAAAUUGGAUGAACAUUGGCACUUUAAACAUCUCUGUACACUAUUCUUAACUAAAAGCUCUAUUUUUUCCUUAUGAUAAAUAUUGAUUUAUUGUUCCUUAAAUAGGAGUGUUUUUUCCUUUUUGGAUGGAACAUUAAUUUAAUGUGAGGAAUGAACUUUAUCCCUGUUGAUUUGGUUCGUCACAGGCCACUAUGAGUUCCUUUUGCUGUUUGAUUUCUCUUUUAUUUUCUUUUCUUCGUGUGCAUGGGAAGAGUCCCUCUUGAAAUUUUUCUCGCAAGCUGUUACUGAUAUUAUCCCACCAUCUGAUGAAAUCAGGAACAUCGUUAAAGAAGUUAUAAAAUUGAUAGAUAUGGAGAGAUAAAUAAGAAUGCAUGUGUCAUGCAACAACACAAUGGGAUCAUGUACCAUAAACAAUGAAUGUACAUCACAAUUAUCAUUUUUUUCGUCUUUUCACUCUCCAUCUUUGCUUGUUUUCUCCCAUCUAUUUUUCAUUUAAAGAAUGAGAAGAUGGAGAUGUCCGGAUUCCAUUAUACUGUAGUUCUAUCAGUGUAACGUCAAGAGAGAGUGCACCAGGGAUGUCUCCACCAAAAUUAAUGUACUAUAGCUAUGGGGAAAACAAAAGAAAAGGAAAUUUCUAUUGGUUAAAAAGGAGGAAAAUCAGUCAAUAAAAUUUGGUUGGCAAGAAGUGGGAAACUAUGGGUCAUUAAUACUUUUUAAUAAUCUCGAUAAAAAGAUUAAGCAACUAUGAACUCUAUCUUGUGGCUCAUGUAUCACAUGGUUUCUCAAAGAAGAUAGACCCCUGAAAAAUGUGCGGAGGCUUGAGCUAUUAAAAGAUCGUGGGUUUGAGAACUAUUUAAAUAUCAGUAGCAUGACAUUAUUCCGUGUCCACAUUGAGAUACAAAGAGAUAUAUGAAUGUACAUGUAUGCAUAUAUAGUGUAAUAUAUAUUAUAUUUUUAUAUAUUUUUAUAUAUUUAUAUAUUUAAACGUGUAUUACAAAUGUGAGGAGGAUUGAUCUAUUCCAAUAUGGUAGGUUCAAGAAUUAUUCGAAUUUCAUUGACUGACGUGAAAUUUUUCUUUGGGCUCGCUGAGCUAUGUGUAGAUAUCUGCAUAUAUAUAUAUAUGUGUGUCCUUUUGUGCAGUAUUUUAAUCUAAUUCUAUAUUUUUAUUUUUAUUGUUAUCGUUACUUACCUCCUUGUUCGGUUAUCAAAGUUAUCAGAUACCUCCACUGAUAAGAGAAAAGACUGCAGUUGUGAUAAGCCCCCUUAUUGCUUUGAUGCAAGAUCAGGUAUGUUCAUUAAUGCUAGGAUUUUUAUUAUAGUGGAUUUUUUUUCAAUUAAGCUAUUUCAUCAACAGGUUAUGAGCCUAAAACAGCGAGGCAUUAAAGCAGAAUAUCUUGGAAGCACUCAAACUGAUCAGACUGUCUACUUUAUAGCUGAGAGUGGUAAACUUGAUCUUGUGUACAUGACUCCUGAGAAGGCUUGCUCACUUUGUGAGAGGUAAUGUUUGUGUACUAAGACAAAUCGGUUUUCUGGUUACACACAAUGAAAACUUAUUCAUUGGUUUUGAUGCAGGAUUAUUUCUUUUGAAUUUAGUUUUUUUACACAGCAGCAGUUGUCUUGUCACAAAUGAAGAUUUUUUGCUGACGGAAAGAAAUGUCGUUGACCAUUGGUGUUCCUUUUUAACUGAAAACAAUAAAGGGCUUUUACUUGAUGAUUAACUUGAUAAAAAUCAUUCCUAACGAUCCUGUGGUUUUUCUGUUCUGAAUAAUGUAAGUGAUACCAAGGUUUUUUGGGCGACUAAUUGGACCUAGGCAAUGAACCACUGCCUUACUGCUUAACAAGCUGAUGCGCAAGUGAAGUAUUUAUUUCAAAUAAUCAUAAUUGUAAUAUAAUUAUUUAAAUAAAUUAAUAAUAAUUAUAUAUGCGUGUAUAGAUAACUAGAAACUACAUAAAUGUUUUUAUUACUUAAAAUAGUAUUCCAUUAUUUUAUUGAUAUUUGAAACUUAUAUUAUAACUUAAAGUGGGUGCUUUUAGUUACAUAUAUAUAUAUAUAUAUAUAUAAUUUUAUAUUCGUUAGAUGUUUGUAAGUGCUAGCCCUUACGAGUGGUGCAUAUUCGUGUGACCAACUAGCAAACCAUUUGGUGAGAAAUUAAUGUGCGUGUGAAUGCAAAUUCGUUUUUGUGAACUCCCUUAGUGGCCUAGAACCUUAGCUGUUCAGAUCUCAUCAAACUAUGCGUGAAACUAUCAUUAUAUCUCACUUAAAAACGCUUUUAUUUUGUAGCUUCUGGACAAAGUUGCUGGAUUCCGGUAUUUCUUUGCUGGCUGUAGAUGAGGCACAUUGUAUAUCAGAAUGGGGCCAUGAUUUCAGGUUUCAUUUCGAUUAUUUACUCAUAUGCUGUAAUGUAGAUGUUUCUCAUUCUCUUGACAGAACUCCUUCCAGUUCUUGGGAACUACUUGGUCAUUUCUCCUUUUUUUCUAAAAUAAUGACAUGCUGUGCAGAAAAGACUACAAAAGAUUACACCAGUUACGCAGAUUCCUCUCAUAUGUACCAUUUGUUGGCUUGACUGCAACAGCUACUGAGAAGUAGGUAUUGUUGUCUGAUGCUAUUCGUUACUGGCGGUUAUUUUGUGAUCUUAUAUAUUAUUUUGAACACAAGUCGGAUGAAUCAAUGCUCUAAUAUUAUCUUUGCAUUUUAUCCAAUAUCGUCUUCUACUGCUUUAUUUUGGAUGAUGUAUGUCUGGUUGUUGUACUCCUGCUCUCCCAAAGCAUCAUGAUAUCUAUUGAUUAUGUUAAUGGACUUCUACAUCACGUUUAUUAAAAAAGGUAAAUGAUUUUGAGCAGUAUUUCUUGUUAUUCCUAGGCCGUAAUCUUUUUGGAAAAAUCAGAAAGUCUUGAGAAUUCUCGAUCAUUUAUUCAAAUAGUGAUAUGAGCACCAGUUAUUGUCUUUGUUAAGGAACGAGCUGUUGUUUUUGAAAUUAUCAACUGUUUCCCAUCCAUUGUGCCCUCCAUCUGCAGGACUCCCUUAAAGGAUUCACGUGAAAAUUGUUUGUUUGAGGCCUAUGUGUGAAUGCAAUAUCGUUGCUUUGAUUUUUUUUUGUUCGGCAGGUAAGCCUUGGCUUUUCUGUAUCAUCCCUCGAUGUUGGAGAUGAUGGGCCUCUUAGGUGACUUUUUGGUUGGAUGGUUUGCUAUUUUUUUUAUAAUUCUGGGUGUGCAAGGUGGCUGAAUUGGUCGAUGAGAUCUGCAUGACUUGAAGGGUCUAUGUAUUGAAAAGGCUAACAUAAUUAAAAUGGUUGGAAAUAGGCUGCUUUGGUGAUGCUAUCUGUCUGUCAAUUGUAAUGGGAACUGUAGACCGGGCCCUACAUAUUUCCAAUUCCCUUCAUUAAAACAACACCCACAUGGUAAAUGGAGGCAGGGUGGGAGUGCAUCUUAAGAAAGAUGAGAAGAUUAGAUAAUUUGAGGAAAAUCCUGAAGUUAAAAUCGUCGAAACAUCCAAAAUUUACUGUUCUUCACACAGAAUCAAGAAUCGGGGGAUCCUAGAAAAUUUAUUUAUACAGUUGGAUGAAUGCGAUUCAGUUUCUUACUUGUGAUUACCCACAAUUAUUUUAUUUUGACUUUGUGUUGAAAGAGUUACAUUCCUCGUUUGUGUUGAAAACUAGUACAGUAUGAGUCUCAAUACCUAAUGUGUAUUAUCAAUGUAAUAGCAUGUUAAAAUAUAUGUACUCUUAUUGGUGGCAUCCUUUUUGUGGGUAUUGAACAUAUUUUCAUGUUUAAUUUUCGUGCACGGAAUACCUUUGGUCCACAGACUUCGGUAGCAAAUGACAAUGGGAAUGCAUCAUUGUAUCCGAAUCAUUAAAGUUUCUUUUGUUAUACUUCAGAAGUUUGCUCGCAUCAUUGACCGCACCUAUCUAUGCUCAGAUAAAUCUGAAUACCUGUUGGGCAGUGAGAGAACGAUGUCAUUUCAUCAGAAAAAUCUUGCCAUAGGUCUAUGUUAUUACUCUCUCUUUAUUAUAUGAAGCCAUUUAUCCCUUCUUAUUGCCUUUAUAAACUUCCUUUCUAGCUCAAGCGAGCAUAAUUUGAACACAAUUAAAAUAAAUCUUGUUUCAGGGUUCGGGAAGACAUUAUCAACUUUUCAAUGAUGAAGGAACCUUAUAUUGCUAUCUUUUCAUUUAAUCGUGUAUAUAUUUUUUAUGAUGUAUAGUCUUACAGUCGUGAACAGUUUUUUAACCAAAAUCUUGUGUCAGGGUUCGGGAAGAUAUUGUCAACUCUUUGAAGAUGAGGGAACCUUAUAUUGCUAUUGGUUCAUUCAAUCGUGGAAACAUUUUUUACGGUGUAAAGUCGUACAAUCGCACUGUGUCAUUUGUGGAUGAGCUAAUUGGAGAGAUUUCAAACCAUUUGGCUGGCGGUGGUUCAACUAUCAUAUACUGUACGACUAUAAAAGACACUGAGCAUGUACGACAUUAAUUUUCGACCUGUUUGCGGUUUAAUAAUUAUUGUUCGAUGUACGGAUGUUGUACUGAGAGGCUCAUAACUUUUGUAUAAAUAUAUCAUCUAUUCCUUCUUCAGCUAUCCAUGGGCUUUAAAAUGAUGUAACUGAAGACAAUAUGUAAACAGGAAACCCCUGAAAUUCAUCUCAUAGUUUAUCUGGCUGAUUAACUUUUUGACCUUGAUGUCUUGAGUUUAAAUAUGAGUUGCCCACCAAAAUGGAGGAUAAAAAGGAAACUCUACUAUCAAAGACGUAAUCGAUAGUCAGCAGCACAUUUUGUUUCUUUAAUGUCUCUUUAACCAUUCCAGAAAAUUUUCAUGCUGUUUUCCCAACAAUCUAGAAUAAGCCUUAGAGUUGGAUGCCAGCACCUGAAAGAAUAGAUUUCCUGCUGCUAUUCGGCCUGCCUCCCAUUUUCUGCACAAGUUCUGCCCCAUGUCAUUUUAUCUGCAGGGAAUCUCUAACUGCGAGAGACUCCAAUUCUGAGGCACGGCUAAUUGGCUGGUAAAGUAACUUAUGGGAGAAAAUGGAGAAAUCAAAAUUGGAGACUGUCAUCAAUAAUUUUUUUCAAACGUCAAAUGUAGAUAAAAUAAGUAAACUUGAAAUUAUAAGAUUUUAUUGAAACAGUGAUAGUGGGUGACCAGCACCACACCGGACAAAAUGGCGUGAAACAAGAACAAUGAUAACUUUCUUGGAAGCCCACUAUAAAUUCAAUGAAACGAAAUUCAAAAAUUCCAGUGUUUGGCAGGUUAACUCCUUUCCAUAAUACAUGCAAUCGUGUAGCAUAUAAAAGCUCUGUACUGACUUGUCAGUGAUCUUUCACCAAAUCCUGGCUAUCUGUGUUUGGGGUCAUGUAAUUCUGUUAUUCCUCUUUGGUAUACAUCUGACUUGUAUUGAACAUUUUUAUUCUUGUCCUCACUGCCACGAUCAGGACAAAGGCUCAUAUUUUACUUAUACCAUGUAUCAAUCCACUGCAAUGGCUGGAGAUGAUAUUUCUACUUGAACUUCCAUGCCAAAAACUCCUUAGGGGGAACCUAUUAAAUGCUUGGUACGCUAAAAUUUUUGUAUGUCCUCAAAAAAUUGCUCGUAUAUUGCUUACAUGUAUUCAUGCUUUGACGCACUUUGCCAUUUCAAAUUUAAAUUUGCUUUCUGAGGCAGGAAAGGGUGUCUGUAAAUAAGGUUUACAUCUCUCCACUUGGGACGCUCUACUAUGCUCAAUACAAAACAGCUGUAUAUUUUUGUGUUCUGCAUCGUGGGUGUGUUUUUUACAGCCCAUUUCUGUCUGUACUAGAAGGUUUAUGUGACUUUUUGUGGCGUCUUUGCAGGUCUUUGAGGCACUGAGAAAUGCUAAAAUAAAGGCUGGGAUGUAUCAUGGUCAGAUGGGCAACAAGGCUCGUGAGGAGUCUCAUAGGUUUUUUUUCUCCAUAAUACGAAAUAUUUGAUUAUAUCACUAGAACUUCGAUGCAUUAAAUGCCAUAAAAGACAACUUCAUGCUUGUGAUUUUGUAGAUUAUUCAUCAGAGAUGAACUCCAAGUCAUGGUUUCAACUGUUGCUUUUGGUAUGGGUGUGGAUAAACCUAAUGUAAGGUGUGUUAUACACUAUGGGUGCCCGAAAAGUCUUGAAUCCUAUUAUCAAGAAAGCGGUCGAUGUGGCAGAGAUGGCUUGCCGUCAAUCUGUCAGCUUUACUAUUCAAGGAGUGAUUUCGCGAAAGCUGAUUUCUACUGUGGUGAAUCUAUCUCUGUAUGUAGCCACCCAUUCUGUAGCUUUUCAAUCUGAAGGUCCUUAAACUUCAAAUUUCCUUUCUGUGUUUUGUACAUCACAAUCUUCUUAACAUGUUUGAUCUUCUUUCAACUUAGUUUCUUACUUUGUGAAUGCUUAUCUUGUUGCAUUGAUUUAAUUUUUAAAACAAGCUUUUAUUUGUACUCGAGCAUGAUCAUCACCAUGUAACAGGAAGAUCAAAGAAAAGCUAUCACUGAGUCUUUGAUGGUGGCUGAAAAGUACUGCUUGCUGUCAACUUGCCGUAGAAAGUUUUUGUUACAGUACUUUGGGGAGAGGGCACAAUUUACUUCAUGUGGUAAAUUUUAGUCUAAGCUUGAUUUGCUUUGCUUCGUCUGAUGAUUCUUUUGGCUAAAUUUUCUUUUUCAUUAGCUAAUGUGGUAAACUUGUGUUGAGAAAAAAAUCAUAUUUCUAUUCUUCUUUUCAUUGCUAAUAUACUAUUUUUAAGUUGAAUUUUUGACUUAUCAGACAAAUUUCACUCAUAUACACUGGUAUUGUACAUUUUCUCCCUCUUUAUGACCAAAAAUAGAUAGAAUUUCUGAAUACGUUUAAAUUUGAGAUUGACUGUUAUACUUGAUUGGUAUUCUCAACAAUGUUACCAGGUAUUCCUUGUACCUUUUCUUGGUUGAAAUCUCUUUACAAAACCGAAUCAAAUAGAUGGAAAUUGAAUAGUGAUUUCUUUGAAAAUAUCCUCGGGCCGGAAGACAGUAGUUGUCAGGUAGACGAUAAAUCCAUGGAGAUACAGGGUUCCCAGUGAGCAGUCUAAAAUGAAAGUUAUGGUAUUUUUAAUGAAAUCUCUUAUAGCUUCAGUAUUGAAAUCAGAUUAUGGCUAUUGACUUCUUUUUUUGUUUCUAUAGUCAUUCAAGGAAAAAUUAAAACCGUGUUAUGUCUUGUUUCAGUAUUAUGUACAUGGACAUUUCAUCAUGUGGUUAAUUUUCCUUAAUGUUGGUAUUUGAUUGUAUGCUUAUAUUCUUCGUACAUUUGAAUAGGUAGUGAAAAGGAUCUUGAUUAAUUAAUUCUGUGUUUUGAGAUUUUACUGAAGUCUAGGCACCGACAAAUAUCACGAGAAUCUCAUUAUAAGAUGCUAUCAUGUAACCAGGACUUUGUCUCUGGGCGGUGGAUUUAUAUCGUGUUGUCAAUAUUUAUUUAUUUUUUUGUUUAGGCAAACAACCGAAACUUGAUUUUAAGCUUUGAAUUAAAAAAGCUUAAAAUCAAGUUUCGGUUGUUAAGAAGUGCAAAUCACGAUUUGCACUUCUUAUGAGGAUAAGAAGUGCAAAUCGUGAGCUUGGUAAUUAUUUGUUCUGUAAGUACCAUCCUCGUUUUGAUGCAGUCAAUUUCCCGUUCUACAAACUCGUACUCACAAUUUGCUGGUUUUGCCUUUCAUGCUCCUAAUCCGUUCUUGCGAGAGAACAACCAAACGGUUGUUAAGGAGAUUCGUUUAUAAACAUGUUCAGGAUGGCGUUUUAAGUAGGGAACGAGAGGUAAUAUGUACAGGUUUGGGAAGGUAUUAGUUAGUUAAGUAAAAUGUAGUCUCCUGGAAAAAUGGACAAAAGGACCGACAAAAGUCAUUGGACAAUAAAAGAACACCCUUAAACCAUUUUUUAUAUAGGUCGGUUGAAGGCUGUGUAGCUUUUGACUUCAAGUUCUGUUGCUAGCUGAGUUUUUGGAUGUUUGUACUUGGUCAAAGCAUUCUGCAAUACUUGUGGAGCCCCAAACUGAGAGAAAUAUUUUGUUUUAUGAAUAAUGUAAUAUUUUGCACAUUUUCCGUAGUGUGUAUCUUCAAUUAGGCCCUUUAUCUAUGUCGCAGUCAUAAAGAGUUUUUUUACAGUAGUCUCUAAAUUAUUAAAGGGCAUAAAAUAGCAGUCCCUUGACCAGAAGGUACUAGUUAAUGCCACUGAAUCUUCCGUUGCUCCAAAAAUGUCACCCAAGAAUUACUUCUUGAUGAGUAUAACGUAUCACUUUGCUUCAUGUUUUUCCUUCCCAUUCCAGUUGCUGUGAAUUGAUCAAGUAAUGAACAGCUUUUCUACUCUAGUCAGGUUUUUUUGAGUAAUUUCUACUCUCUUGAGAGCGCCUAUAUCCAACUUUCAGGUAAUUGUGAUAUUUGUCUCGGCUCUAAAAGGGAGCGGGACCUUUCAAGGGAAUCCUUCUUAUUACUAAGCUGCAUCCAUUCUUCGGGAGGCCGCUGGGGCCUGAAUAUGCCCGUAGACAUUCUUCGUGGAUCGAGGGUAAUCUUUUUUCUAUGAAAAGUUAUGUUUCCUUUUUGAGCUUUUUUCUACUGUGCAUGGUGAUUUAUUCUCACUAACAUGUAAAUCAGAAUUUCAAAGCUGUUUCUUUUUCGUUUGUAAUGCCUAUUUUUGUGAAAGGUUAAAAAGUUUUACUCUAAAUGGUGUUUUUAUCAUAGUAGCAAUAUUCUGUGUUUUUUAGAAAGUGGCUAUAUUCUUAUUACUCUGUCAUAGAUCAGUUCAGGGUUGAUGAAUUGGAUUCGAAAACCUUAAAGUCGGUUAGGCCCCUAGAGGUUUAAUGGAUUCUAUUUAGACAUCUUACUUUCAUAUCUUAGAUAUUAUACUGAGUUUAAAGAUCCCUAUUCCCCUGUCAUUUUCGUAGUAUUGUUACUUUCACUUGAAGUCAUGGAAGAAAAGAAAAGGAAUUUUGGGGAAAACAGAUGAAUCAAUAGAAUGAGGGUGAACUUUGUCCUGCCAUGACAGUCGCUAUCUCUGCUUGUACCCUCCAGUUGCUGUCGUUGAUGCAGCUCUUGCUUGUCGUUGUUGUCUGUGGUCACUGUCGGUACGUUGUUUUAUUUUUCUUAUCUUCUUCUACCUUGGUCCCCUGUCGCUGCCUCUGUCAUUUACCCUCUUUUUCACCCCACGUCCAUUAUGAAACUAUACGGGCCUGAUGCCUGCAACGAACACAAAAAUGAAGAUCAGGUGAGAGAUCUUAAUAAAGGAUUGAGAUAACGGCGGUUGGUUAAAAUCUUACUGUGUAAUCAAGUUCACGUCAAAAGUACUUAUACUUUGUCUUUAAUAAAACCCUUGUAAACGACCUUAAAGUUACGAGGGUAGAUUUUUUUGUUACUUUUAAGUUCUUUUACCAAGCUGACUGAAGUUGAAUCAUAGUGACUCGUGUGAGUUUGUGCGAGUUCAUAUGCAAGUAAGGCUAUUGGUACCAAGUCUUCCCAAUUUGCAUUUGGGUCAUGAAGCGGUGACCUUCCCGUGGAACAGCGGGCUAGGCUGAUCCUCAUGUUAUUGGUCAGUUUAUUUGAAACAUUAAAAUCCUAAUUUAUAUUAGAGGAAAGACCCCAAAACAUAAUAUGGCCUAAAUGAAAUGGCUUCUUUAAGUUGACUGAAUCGAUAUCCACAUGCAUCCUAUUCUGCGAAUGAGGGAUUAGGAUCAUUCCUUCUGCCAGUCAUCUGUCCUAGGGGAAUUAGAUUUAACACGAAUGUUCUAUCACUGCCGAUGAUUAAACUGGUUGGUAUUCCCCUUAAUAGGACAGAAUUAAAAGUGGGUAUGCUGAGUCUUAUUUUACUUGUUGAUGAAGAGAGCACAUUGUUGUAUAUUUAUUUUGCCUUAUUGUUGCAUGUGGAUCUUCUUUAGCUAUCUCUGAGGCUGACUCAUAUUUUUCCUUUAAUACUAAGUCGAAGAAGGUCGUUGAUAACAAGUUUGAUAAGCUCCCACAGUAUGGCCUGGGAAAAGACUAUUCUCCAACUUGGUGGAAAGCACUUGGUGGUGUCCUGCUGACACAUGGUAUUGUGACGGAAUCUUUGGCGAGUUCAUUGGAAUAGAUCGUGGUCCAUUUUCUUGGAUGACGCUGGAGAAUUAGAAAUAUAUAUAUAUAUAUAUAUAUAUAUAUAUAUUUUCAGUGCUAUCUUAUAUUGAUUUACUUGAUUUGGUAUCUUGAGUUUCCGUUCCAUGCUUUUCAUUCGUGAAACAUAUAGAUAUUUUCAACUUGAGUCCUUGGCAAAUCUGGAGUGACUUGGUCAUUAUAUGCCGACUGGCGGAGUUUAUCACCUCAUUACAAGAAAAUUUAAUCAUCAGGAACCUUAGUCGCAUGUCGCUUGAUUGGUUGGCUAUACCGUCUCCAUGUGGUUUUGUUUCGGUUCUCAUUAACUGUAGAUGUACACUGGAAUGUAAGUGAUGACUGUGGUUGUAUUAUCAUUGCCUGAAAGUUUGUUGCAUUUCUGGAGCCCAAUUAACUUAGUUCCUUGAAUUAAAGAGAGCUCUUUUGAGGGAAUCUGAAAAUUAGCUGAGGGAUUCCUUGUUCUUUGGUUUCAUACACACCAUUAGGUAAUCCGGUAGAGGAGACCAUCUUGUUCUCUUCAAUAGGGAUUACUUGUUUCCAGGUUUGCAAUAGCAAUGGCCACAACCAGAAAUUCUCCUAAAAACGACGUUAAGUGCUUACAGAUUUCUUUUCCUGUCUGCAGAAGAAACAUGUCUGAAUUUUCGGUUGAAAACCUGCACAUUCAAGAGAGCGAACGCGUAUCCCCAUGGUCAUGUGCAAAAGCCACAUGUAUCUAACUGAAGCUUGUUUUCUCUCUUUUUCUUUUGCAUUCAAUUCUUUCAGCUGAAAAAAUCUGAGGCAAACUGAUGGAUCUCCAUCAGUUUGGUAUAUUCUUAAAUUUUACUUUGAGAUUUAAUCGUGCAUCUUAAACUGCAUUACCCCCAACGAAAUUUCUAUUCUGGUCAGCUGGAGCCGUUUGUAAAUUGGGACUGCUUUGGCCUGAUAAACAUCCUGUCCUAGAUUUUUAAACGUAUCUGGCAUCUUCCAGGGGUUUCUCUUCGGUCGCACCUGGCAACUGGUCCUCAAUAGCAUUACGUAGCACUAAGGUAUAGAAUGGGAAAUUGUAGUGACAAUUUCAUUCAGUAUCUUAGUGUGAGGGGCCAAAACUUAAUACUUGUUCAUACAACAUUUUUCCACCUUUCCAGGAUACGUUAUCUGUUUCUCCAGGAAAGUUGAUAUCCCCAGAAAAUAUUUUGAAUUCAAUACUUUUUUCUCUCCACUCGAACCAAUCCACCUACUCGGCUUGUUUUAUUUAAAGUAAAUGGCGUAUCCAUGCCCAUAGUAAUAUUUUUCCAGAUCAUUAUCAACGAAGAUCCUGAUAAAAGACACGCACUUAGCGUUGCUUAGUCCUAUAUCCUUCUAGAGGUAUUUUAAUGAUUGGUUCUAUAGGAAUUGGGCGAUCAUAUUUGAUCCAGACUCAUUACAUGUACGAAUCACGUUUAUCGUUUGUGUGAUGAUAAUCAAAUAUUUCGUUUCUUUUGUCUAAGUGUCUAAAAUGAAGAAAAGUUCAUCUCCUUUCAGACUUCGUUGUAUUUUCAAUUUUCUUGGUUUUUCCUUGCCAUUGAUUAUUUUCCUUCAGUUUUUAUGAAGAUAAUUGUUUUUAGGUAUACUGUUGGCUGAACCCAAGCAUAAUAGAGUCUUCAUUGUGCUAUGCAGAUUAUAUGAAAGAGACUGUUACUGAUGUAUACAGAACUGUAAGGUAUGGUCGGAGUCGGAUUAAUUUUUUUUUGUAUCUAAUAUAUUUGUGAAUCUCUAAAGACUUUAACGUCUAAACCAUCUUCCACCCUUACCAGUGUCAACAAAAGCGGACUGCAGUUUCUCCAUUCGUCUAGUAGUCAGCAUCAGCCACCUUUAGUCCUGCCACUGACCAGAGAAAUGAUUGAGGAGGAGGAUUGUGGAAGUGGACGGGGUAAAGUUGAAGGUUAUCUUCAAAAUUUGUCAUCUUUGGAAUGUAAAGGAUUCUCCCAGGUCUGGCUUCUUAUUUUAGGAACUUCUUCGUCUAUCUUGAUUCUGUGAUAUUAUAAUCCAAAAUUACGAUGCCAUAAACAGAUAGCUAUCUUGUCUUUGAUUUGACGUCUGUCUUUAAUAUCUUCUACGCAUAACAAGCGCAUAUUAUCUUUUGAGUUGUGCUAAUCAUUAACCAAAGUUGCGAAUUUUUACAUGUAAUUCAAGCACUUCAAAAUCUGGAUUGGAGAUGUUGAAAAUUUGUCAAACCUCUGGACUUGACCUAAUGUUUUGCAUUCCGGUAUGGUCUGAGGUUACCGGUGAAUAAAAUACGAAAUUUAAUCAGAUCCAACAAACCCAGGGUUCGGAAUUCCUUGGAAGAGGAUAUGAUGGAGAUGGGGAAGGAUGCUGGCAGCAGGGAUCAGAAACCUGUUUGCAUAGCGUUCAGAAAAUGGUUUCCAUCCGUUUUUAAUAAUUAAUCUCGUGAUUUAUUUAACUGUAUCAGUUUGCCUCAUUGAGAACUAAGGGGCGUAUGAGUUGUUCCCAUUUAUGACUUCUCGUAACUGCUGGAGUUAAGUUUUAAGGCGUCUGAAUCUGUGGAAUCGAUUAUAAUUGUUUUUGAACGAAUUAAGUAACUAUAGAUGAGAUGGAAGGGAUACGAGUCAUGCGAAUGAGAUAGCAGUGUAUAUCUUUUCACAUUUGACUAUUCUUUUUCUUUUCUUCCCUCUAGGAUGAAGCAAAGCUCUAUCGCAUGCUUUUGGACGUCAGAAUGAACCUUGCAAAAGAUUCUGGAACUGCACCGUAAGUAACCCCUUCUUCAAUAUCUGCGGUUCAGAGUUCAUUUUUCUGUCUCAAAUAAAAAUUCAUGAAACACUCGGACUUACUGUUGCUUUUCUGUUUUUCAUUUUAUUUUGCAAAAAACCUUUCAGAUAUGCCAUAUGUGGUGAUGAAAUCAUUCAAAGGAUUACAAAGAUACGGCCGUCAACCAAAGCAAGACUGGCGAAUAUAGAUGGCGUAAACCAGGUACUUUUUUUCUAAAUUUGACGUUCAGAAAUUACCUCUAGCCGUUUUAUUUGAUCUUUUUCCAUGAAAAAAUUCGAUGAAAAUUGACUAAUUUGGUUUUUCCAAUUAUAUAUAUUGCCUCUAAAAUCUAAGUUUUCUAUUGACGAUUUCAUUGGGAGAGUAAUUAUCCCACAUGCUUAUAUCAUCUCUACAUUGCUAAGAUAGUUUAAAUACUUGUCAUGACUCGAAGGAUUGUUCCAUUUUAUGAUAAACUCAUUUAUGGGAUCGGGGUUAUUUUCUUAGUAUGAGUACCUUAAGUUACGGUUUAGAAAAAAGAAAUGGGUUUAAGUUUCCUGCUGUACGUUCUUGUGAAUGCUGUCCAAGUUAAAGCACGUGAAACUUUCUGGUGUUUAUAACCCGAAUAAAAGGAUAGCUACUGAUUGUUGUCGAUUCCAAAGUUAAUAGAUUUUGUUCUGAAUGCAAUAUCCUGCCUGUUCAACCAAUCUAUGAGAUAUUCUACCGUAUAUAAUGUGAAUGACAGACAUUGAAGCCUUGAUGAUAAUAUCGUACAUGUAAGGAUCUUAUGUUUACUGAAUUUUAUUUUCCGCUUGUUCAGGCUCCCUAUUGUUAUUCUAUCCCAUUGCCCUAUGCAGUUCGAGCACUCUUUUGAAUUUUUGGCGAAGUUCUACAUAACAUUAUAGUAGUGGAGUUGCCACCUCUUGUCUCUUAGUGAUGAACCAGAAAUUCUAGCGGCCUGAUCUUUUUCCUGCUAAGAAGGUUUCAUACACUGACUUGUGUCCAGUUAUAGUUCUGGAAUUAGAAGCGUAGGUGUCUUUAUCCGGAUUAAAAUUUAGCUACAAAAGCAAAAGAUAUUACGCAUUGUUAUAUGUAAUUAUAUAGACGGGCAUGGAAAUCUCAUGUCAGCGUAUUAGUCAAACUUAAGAUUCCUGGAGAUAUUUCUAUUGUUUCCUCAUCGUUCAUCUCUGAUUAUUGUCGAGUCUGUUCUACCAUGGACCUCCCAUGUCUUUUGUCUCAAGGGAAGGCUUAUGAGGUACAAACACUCAGAAUUAAAUGAACGAAAGUAAUUGAAUUUACAUUCGAGAAUAGUUCCAGUUUCUUUUACUAAUGGAGUACUUUGUUUAUUGUUGAAAACAUGUCAAGUUGUAUUUGUUGUUUGCAGGUUCCCAUACUGAUGUGUAGGGAUAUAUGACUUGAUGUUUACUGAUGUGCAUGAAUGAUGCACUUUGGCAAGUUAAAAAUGUAUUAUUUAUAUGCUUAUUAAUCCUUCUUUUCAUGAGGACUUUCCAACAAUCAACUAAAUGGAACAAUGUGAUAUCAUAUUUGAACAGAAUACUUAAUUCACUGGGAUUUUCUAGGCUUCUACAAAGCAACAUGUCUAGUUAUUCUGUAGCUUCUAUAGUGAAACAUGCUCAGGUAGAGUGUAUCUACUUAACCAAUCAGAUUCUUCAACAGCCUUCAUUCUGAGAUAUUCUCAGGCCCUAGCUUACCGACACGGUACAUUUGAUUAGAAACGAUGGACCCAAGCCCUCAUUUAUUUCAUGCUCCUAGCUCAAAGUAAGGGAACUAGAUCAUCCACUGUCCCCUAUUUCUCACAUUCAUGAUGAAGCUAACUCACCCACAAUCAAUCUGUUAACACAUUUUGAGUUUGACCUACUCUUUUUUCUGUGUAGCACCUUGUUGCAACCUAUGGUGAUUGUUUUCUUCAAAGCAUCCAUAAUUUUUCUCGAGAACUGAACCUUCCGUUGGAUGGAGAGACAAUUGUUGAUAUGAGGAACGUCUGCCCCGCCUCUGAAAGGAAACUGGCGCCGACAAAAUAUAAUGCAUGGAAAAUGUGGCAGGAGGAUGGUCUAUCGAUUCACGAAAUCGCUGUGAGCCAUCUUGUGACCCGUACUGAUGUGUGUCGAUGCAUCAGGAAUACGAUGGUUAUAUUUGGUCCUUCUUUUGUUGACUUUGCACUUUUCUUUGUUUUCAGAACUUCCCUGGUAGAUCUGCCCGGAUAAAAGAACGAACAGUUUUUGAAUACAUCCUCGAAGCUGGUCGAGAGAGUUAUGAAAUAAACUGGGCCAGACUAUGUGCAGAGAUUGGGUUAACAUGUGAAAUAAUAUCAGAGAUUCACCAUGCUAUUGCAAGAGUAGGAUCAAGGGAGAGGAUGAAGCCCAUCAAAGAAGAAUUACCAGAGGAGGUGAGUACAUUUCUAUCUUUUUUCAAGGCAUGAAAUAUGCUUGGAUGAUUCAUUCAACGGUUGCAUUGCUUGAGUCUUGAACUGAAGAUGUCUUAUAACAGAAGUUGUCCAUAUUUGGCUAAUUAUCUGUUUCUUUCUUAGCUGAAUUGUAGAGAACCUUGCUGGAAAUGAUGAUUACAAACUGUUAGGCUGAGGGGUUUCCUUUUUUUUCCCACUUUUUAAUGGUAAGAAACACCAGUCAACUUUAGUAAUGGCAAAAGUAAAAGUUGCUUCUGACGACAGUAUGGGCCAAACCCGUUGUACGAGUCAACCAGAUGAAAGCUGAGCUACUAAAUGCACGGGCCUACCAGACCCCAUCGUACGAGUCAGCCUGAUACCAGCUAGAACUACUUAAUGCACGGGCCAAACCCGUACGAGUCAACGUGGUGAAAUGCACUGGCCAAACCCCGCCGUGCAAGUCAGCUGCUCCCUUAGUCUCAGAGUUAGAUGCAUCCCAUUCACUCGCCAAUGACCCCCGUUGUCGGUUUCUCCCUGAUUCUUCCAUUCUACCGGACUAUGCCUGGUUUCCAUUUCUGCUGAUCAGUUCUUCGAGAUCUUCAAAAUGGGGGAUUUCUUUGUUUCUCUCAGGUGACGUAUGAUCACAUCAAAGCGUACCUGACCAUGGCGGAUCUGGGAAUAUCGGAGCUCAUCGGCUCCAAAUCUUCAGAGGUUGCAGUUAGUCCGAGCAAGCUAUCCGUCGUCAUCUCGCCAUCUGACCACCAUAGACAGCCCGAUGCGUAUCGAAAAGAGGAGGAAGAGGGAUCAGGAGCAGAGAAAGUUGACCGCCCCACUCGGGACUACACUUGUGGAAAGCAACUCCGAGCUGAGGCCUUUGCACCCGAUGAAGCCGGCGAGAAGAGACAUCGUAGCAUGAACUUAGGAGGAGGAAGAGGCCGUGGAUUAGAGGCGAGCCAGGACAGAAUCUUGGGUUGGCUCGGCAGUCACCAAGGGGUGAGAUCGAUCUCCGUUCUUGGAAGCGCAUGAGCUGCUUCGCAGAGGUGAAGAGAUCGAACUAUGUUUAUUUUAUUAACCACAUCGCCGGAAUCUGCAGGUGUCGCGGUCAGACAUCGUCGGUCAUUUCAAUGGAUCCAGCGAAGAGGACGUGGUUGACCUUCUGGGCGGCCUGGAGGGCCAGUUUUUGAUCUUCAAGAAGAACGACCUCUACAGGCUUAUGUGA